UAGAGAUCUUCCUUCUCGUUGUCCCCACAGCCCAGCUUCUUUCUCCUUAAACACAUCUACCUGCAAUCCGCCUUUCUCUCAACGAGCAACAACUGAUCCUGUGCUCGAUCAACCGUUGUUUUCGUCUUAAAUCCCACUACCUCUUCCAUUUCGCCUCUCUUUGUGCAUUCUUCCAAAAUCCCUCGUCAUUCCCAUUCUUGCUCUCCUACACCGAUCCCUCUUCACACGUAAACCGAAGACCCUUAGACGAGCCCCACCAUGUCCCAGCAGGAACUCGACCCGAAGUACGACCAGUUCGACUUCCCGACCGUUGCCGCGACGGCCGCAAAUGGUCACCCUGGCCACCUGACGCCCGAGCAGAAGGCCCAGGUCGCCCAGUUGCGCCUGAUGCUGGAGUCUGAUGGCUACAGCAAGCGUCUUGAUACCCUGACUCUGCUUCGUUUCCUUCGCGCUCGCAAGUUCGAUGUCAACCUGGCCAAGCAGAUGUUUGUCGACUUCGAGGAAUGGCGGAAAACUACCAAGCUUGACGACACCGUGCCGACCUGGGAGUACCCCGAGAAGGAGGAGGUCUUCAAGUUCUACCCUCAGUACUACCACAAGACCGAUAAGGAUGGCCGUCCCGUCUACAUCGAGCAGCUUGGCGGCAUCGACCUGACCGCCAUGUACAAGAUUACGACCGCCGAGCGCAUGUUGACCAACCUGGCUGUCGAGUACGAGAAGUGCGCGGAUCCCCGUUUCCCCGCCUGUUCCCGCAAGUACAACCACCUCGUCGAGACGUGCUGCACCAUCAUGGACCUCAAGGGCGUCACCAUCACUCGCGUGCCCCAGGUCUACAGCUACGUCAAGCAGGCCUCCGUCAUCUCCCAGAACUACUACCCUGAGCGCCUCGGCAAGCUCUACAUGAUCAACGCCCCCUGGGGUUUCUCUACUGUCUGGAGCGUUGUUAAGGGCUGGCUCGACCCCGUUACCGUUCAGAAGAUUAACAUCCUCGGCUCGGGCUACCAGAAGGAGCUCCUCAACCAAAUCCCCGCUGAGAACCUGCCCAAGUCUUUGGGAGGCAAGUGUGAGUGCCAAGGCGGCUGCCAUCUUAGCGACGCCGGCCCGUGGCACGAGCAGGAAUGGACUAAGGAACCUUGGUGGGCGAAGCCCGAGGCCAAGGCCCCUGUCACCAACGUCAUUGAGAACCAGGGUGGCGAGACUGUCACUGCUCCCGCUGGUGGUGCCGCUCCCGCUCCCGCUGCCGCCGCCGAUGUUGCCGCGGACGCCAAGGCCCCUGCUGCGGCAUGAGCGCUUUCUCCGGAAGGCUUGCGUGCGUUGAAUCCGAGGACGUGAUUGUCAUUUGAGUUGCGCUGCUGGAUGGGCAGCUAGAGAGAAAGGCGUUGGCAGAUUUGUUGUUGCAUCUGGGGUGAGGCAGGAAUAGGCGUGAAGCCGGGGGUGGUUUAAAAACAAGAGCUUCUUUUUGUAGAAUCGCUCAUACAUGCGGUGGUCCUGGCAACAUUUGCUGCUUUCCAUUAUACAUACUUUCGCUUUGGCUGUUGGAUCGUUCGUAAUAGAAUAGUUCAUCAUGACUGACCGGCGACUCUCGUCGCAAUUGAAGUGUGACACAGGCUACAUCAUCCGGUUUGAUUCAUCUUUACAAGUAGUUGCAUGGGCUGACAACCCUUUUCUAACCCCUAUGUGAAUUGUGGUAUAAAAGCCCCCAAAACGCCGAAACUCCCAGACAUUACGGCCCCUCUCCAUGUGAAUAUGC